AUUCAUUGCGCAGAUACUUAUUGUCUUUCCUAAUAAAAAUAAACUGAAAAAUGGAAAAUAUACCAAGCUCUAGUGCCGUGUCUGAAUCAGUACCCACAGUAAUUGUGCAAAAACCACUUAUCAAAUCCUCAAUAACGCCUGGUCUGCUAGCUGUUAUAUCUUUGCUUCCGUGUAUUCUUUCGGGAGCUGUUUUGGGCUAUACUGGAGUUACACUUUCAAAUUUAGAAAUUUCGUUUAGGAGCAAGACGUGGUUUGCAAGUUUCGCUCUACUCGGUGCAUCAGGAGGAUGUCUCAUUAGCCAGAGCAUGAUUAACACGUUCGGUCCUCGAGGGACGUCACUUCUCAGCCAUCUGGUCGGAAUGAUUGGCUGGAUUUUGACUAUCAGUAGUCUGACUACACUCAACUUUUUUAUCGGUCGGAUUUUAUUAGGGUUGUUUGUGGGUAUCACUUCCAUUUCUGUGAGCGCUUACUGUGCAGAAUGUUUUCCUAGACGUCUUUCGGCUCGCCCGGUGGUUUAUACGGCAUUAGGAGUGUUUUGCAUUUACUUCUGCGGUUCACUACUAAAUUACAGACAGACGGCUUUCAUAGCAUUCGUAGUCACCAUACUGUCGUUUUUUCUCGUCAGAAUGUACGUACCGGAAAGUCCGGCAUGGCUUGAAUCUAAGGGCAAAAUGGGCGAUGCCGAAUAUUCUAAGCUUAAACUCAGGCUAACAGAAACCCCAAACAACGACCUAGAAGUUCAACCAGGAUUGAAAUUCGUCAAAAAUAUCAAGAAACAGGCCGUUUACAAACCGUUUCUUGCACUUUGCCUUCAUUUCACCCUUCAGCAACUGUCCGGUCCGUUGGCUGUGGUGGCGUACGCCGUAGAGAUUAUUGGCGAUUCGGGUGUAAGAAUAUUGAACGGAUAUUUUAUCGCCGUUAUAUUAUCAGCUUUCAUGGUUAUGGGAGCUUUAGUAUCAACGGCCAUGGACCAUAAAGAGUCCACAAAUAUUUUAUCUGCCACUGGCAUUGUAAUUUCUGGUAUUGUAAUCGGAGUGUUUAAUUUGAUAAGAAGUUUAGUGUUGAACAGAGUGGCAUCUCAAAUGUUGAGUUUCAUACCAUUACUGGGGAUAUUGUUAUUGAUUAUAUCCAGUUGCACGGCCCUGGUGCCCAGUCUUCCAAUUAAAAAUACUAACGGCGAACACACAGCCUUGGGUUUUAACUAUUUUAUUGGGUUUGUGGUGGUGAAAUGUUAUCCGUAUGCUCAAGCUUAUUUAGGAUGGUGGAUUUUUAUAAUUUUUGCUGUCAUGGCCUCUCUUGACAUUGUUACUUGUGUUUUAUUUUUCUCUGAACCAAAAAAAUCUCAUCCAUCGGAGGAACCAGGGCCAUCUGUCUAAAUUAAUUCCAAGUUUUGUGUUUGAUUUUGUGACUUUUUAUGUUUGUAUACAUUCUUCACAAAUUAUUUGUACUUUCAUUUGUUAAUUUUUUUAUAAUUAACUGUACUUAAAAAUUAUACGACAAAAAAUUAAGUUAUUUCUUUUAAAUAAAUCUAUUUCUAUUAAUCUGAUCACAUAGUAUGUUUAAUUAAUAUUAAUUAUGUCAAAUUACUGUAACAAGGUGAUCUUAUUAUUUAAAUAGCUUAUAUAUGGAUUAGAAGUAAUAGAUAUUUUUACUUUUGAU